UUUAACCAUUUUUUAAAAAUUGAACAACAAACAUGUAUCCACAAUUUUUAACGAGUACAAUAUACACUGGAAUUGCCAUUUGUCGUUUUCGUGUUUCUAUUUCAUGUUUUCCAGAUUCGUAGAAUUUUAUUUCCGGCCAAUGUACCAGUUAGCCACAUUAGCCGAGUUAGCAUGGGCUGAAGUUAACCAAAGGUGUCUUAUAAGGGCUAAACUUACAGCUUCUUUGGGCGAGAAACAACUCAGCUCGGCUGUUUUAAUGUCGGUCGCCGCGUUGAACGUCAAAUGUCGCCGGCGACAUUAUUUCACUGCAUGAGACUUUCAUAUCGUGUAAAUAUUAGCACCCCCCACAGAAGAGGAGGACGCAGCAUCACCAACAAGAAGAGCCAUAGAGUUACGAGAAAUAGAAGCACAAUGUCACGAACGGAUGAGGUCAACAAGAUGACGGAGAAUGUCUACAAGGGCAUUCUGGACCAGUUCAACCCCAGCUUGAAGAAUUUUGUCACCAUGGGGAAACACUAUGAGAAAGCCCUCACAGGCGUGACGCUGGCCGCCAAGGGCUACUUCGACGCCCUGGUCAAGCUGGGUGAGCUGGCCAGCGACAGCCAAGGCUCCAAGGAGCUGGGAGACACCUUGUUCCAGAUGGCCGAGGUCCACCGACAGAUCCAGGUGCAGCUGGAAGACGUGCUCAAGUUGUUUCAUUCGGAGCUGCUGGCCCAGCUGGAGCAGAAGCUGGAACUGGACAUCAAGUACCUGACAGCCACGUUGAAGAAGUACCAGACCGAGCGACGGUCCAAGUCCGAGUCCAUCGAGCGCUGCCAGGCCCAGCUGAAGAAGCUGCGCAGGAAGAGUUUGGGCAGCCGACACCCCAACAAAUACGGAGACCGAGAGAUGCAGUUUGUGGAGCUGAUGAGUCGGCGCCAGGUGGAGCUGGACACGCUGGUUGCUACGGGUUACAGGUCGGCGCUAACUGAGGAGCGCAGGCGAUACUGCUUCCUGGUGGAGCGCCAGUGUUGUGUUAGCAAGCUGCUCAUCAACUACCACUGCAAGGUGAGAGAGCUCCUGGCGCAGAAACUGUCGUCGUGGCAACAGUCGUGCACGCAGCCAACCAAACUCCCGGAGCGCGCUCUCAAUCUGAUGCGUCACACGGCGCCACAAAGCUCCGGAGCGGCCGGCAUGGCCGAGGUCCUUCGCCACGCCAAGCUGCUCUGCAGCCAACCAGAGCAGGUUCUGCAGAGGUCGUCAGUUCAGGAAGUGCCACCGCUGUUAAACGGAGGUCGCUCGCAGCCGCAGCAGCGCUCACUUCCUUCCUCGUCCUCCCAGAGCGACUCCUGUGCUCCGGACUCCCCGCCCACCUCGCAGGACUUCUCCAGGGGAGGAUCUCCACAGCACAGCAGCUCCCCUCCGGGUGUGUCCACCUGGGCGGCCCCGGUCGACACCACCACCUCCCAGGCCGACACCACCACCUCCCUCCUCAUGGCCGCCAACACCAUCAACCUGUCGCCCAGCCUCAUCCCCUCCACCGUCAUGUCCGUCAAGCAGGUGUCGCCGUCCGGGGGCGUGACCCUCGCCAUCCCGCACAGCCCGCCGCUGCCCCACAGCGCCCCCCUCUCCAGGGCCGUCACACCUGUGCACCAGGGGGCGGGGCCGGCAGGUAACAGCACGCCGCCUUGGCUGAUGAAGGCCGCCGACAUGUGCGGCACGUCCACGCUUCCUCUACCCAGGAGGCCCGGCGGCGAAGUGAGGCCGGCUGGCUUUCCGGGCUCCAGGAUGCUACCUCAGUCGGGGCCAACGCGAGUGGCGGCCAUGUUUGCUCACUCCCCCGCAGCGUCGGAGGGAGGAGGCGGGGCUUCCCUGCUGCACUUCCUGCCCGGGGACAGCGUCAUGCUGCUCAUCUCAGAGCCCAGAGACGGGUGGCACUACGGGCAGAACGAGCGCACGGGCCGAAAAGGCUGGUUCCCUUUCUCCUACACUCAACACGCUGGGACGGACCACCUGGACAGAGACCACUUCCUGUCCAAGGCCAACAGCACCAGCAUGAGUGGGCUGGACCAGUUGGUGACUCCGCCCCUCACUGCCGAGUCAGACGAGGAGCACCGCCUUCCUCCACCCAGGGUCAGCACCUUCCGGCCUCGCCCUUACAGCAUGGCCGACAGCCAGCAGAUCACUGCCCAGUUGGCCUCACCACCACCCUCUCCCACCAGAGUGAACCCUUUUGCUCACGUUCGCCUCAGAAAGACUGUGACCAACGACCGCUCAGCCCCCAUCAUGGAGUGAUGGCUGCUUAUAUCGCAUGGAGUCACAGCACCACUCUUCUACCAUGGCUGCUUAUAUCGCAUGGAGUCACAGCACCACUCUUCUACCAUGGCUGCUUAUAUCGCAUGGAGUCACAGCACCACUCU